CAUUAUUCAGCAGUUUACUGAAACAUGAACUUUUUUCUUUUAUCUUUUUUCAUUAUUAUUAUUUGACUGUAUAUACGAAUAUAAAUAUAUAUAUAUAUAUAUUUUAAAAAAAACAAAACAAAAUGUCAUCCAUAAAUACCAAUCCCAAUACAACUUCUUCUGAUGUACUUCAACUUAAUUUGAAUGAUUCAGCACUGGAAUUAUUAAAUGCAGCCAUUGUCAGUCACCAGUUGAAAAUCGAUGACUUUGAACAACUAAAUACAAGAAACAAUAAAGAAAAAGCUCCUCCCUCCAUUCAAAAUGAGUCAACAAAGAAAGCUUUACCAGAUAAAUCAACUAUAAAUGCAAUUCAUUCAAAAAGAGAACUUGAUAAAGAUGAGCAAACAUCAACUACUCCAAAACGAGUGGGUCGUAAACCGAUAGAUAAUUCCGAGAUUCCUGAUGUCCCACUUGAUCCUAAACAAAAAAGAAAAGCUCAAAAUAGAGCUGCUCAACGUGCAUUCAGAGAUCGUAAAGAAAAGCAUUUAGCUGAGUUACAGGCACGUAUUGAAGAAUUAGAGGCUCUAAAUGCAACAAAAAAUGAAGAUUUAAUAAAAGAAAAUCAACAAUUAAGAGAGCAAUUGAAGAGGCUUCAGGAGGAAAAUUAUGCUCUCAAAGGAGCACAAUUUACUUUUGAGUUUCCUAUAUCUGGCUCUAUUAAUAAAAUGCUAACUUCUACAUUGCCCAUCACUAAUACUACUAUGACUGCAGGGACUCCUUCUGGUAUCCCUAGCACUCCUAUUACUGUUUCUUCGAAUAAUACUUCUUCGGAUAUAAAUUAUGAUGAUUUGAAUAAUCUAUAUCCAAUGACAACAAGUGGAAGUAGUAUGAGCAGUUCAAAUAGCUAUAGUGGUGAAGAUAAUAGCUCUUCUACUGAACAACAUUCACCAGACACAAAUAAUCAAACUCAUGAAGAUGAUUCUACAAGUGCAGAUACACCUAUUACAUCUAAUCCUCUUUUUUCACCAGAACCAAUUCAAUUUGGCUUGAUACAACCUCCUAUGGCUUCUAAUGCAUUAGACUUUUUAGCUGUUACCGAUGUUACAGAUGGUAUUGGCAAUGGGCUUACUACUGUCAAUAAUUUCCCUACAGGUGAUCUUUUCCACGGCAAAGAUGAUCUCUUUACCAGUUAUACUCUACCUGCAAAUAAUACGAAUGAUAACUUUUUAUUUACGAAUGAAGACUUAUCAGCAUUAUUUGGUGCCAAUGAGGAUUUAUUUAAUUUUAAUACCAACAUAAAUGAUAAUAAUAAUAAUAAUAAUAAUAAUGUAUCAUUAUCGCUUAAUACCCAGUUCGGGCUUCCGGAAACACCUACUACUCGUCGUCUUAAUCUUACAUCUGAGAAGAAACAAUUACUGAUUCAACAAAUAAAGAAAGGACAAGAAGAAGGCAAAUAUGUACACCAAAUACAUCAAGAAAUUAAAGAAAAAUGUCCUGAUUUCGAUUUGGAUGGUUUAUGUGAUGACCUUAAAAAGAAAGCGCAAUGCAGUAGUGGUGCUUAUCCGCUUACCGAUCACGAAGUAGAUGCCUUUGUCAAAUUUUUAAGUCAUUAAAAAAAGACUCCCCCUUUUUUCAUCUUCUUCAUAUAAUCAAUCAUAUACAGAUAUACAUAUACAUAUACACAUACAUACACCUAUGUAUUUUUUCUUUUUUUUUAAUAGCAUUACAUGUAUUUUGAAUUUUCCUAUAACUUUCAUCAUUAUUAUUACUAAGACAAAUAACAAUAUGUUUAUAAAUGCUCAUUUAAUAGUUGACAAUAUCUAAAGUAAGAAAUAAUAAUAAUAAUAGAAAGGCUAUAUUAUUUUCGAUUUUUAUUAUUAUACAAAUAUGUAUUUAUAAAAAAAAAAAAACGAAAUUAAAUAUUGCAUAAUAUUACAUAAAUCAAAA